GAGUCGAAAAAUAUCUCCAAAUGUUGGAACACAGGAAAAAAUCUCACAUGUCACUAUUGUCCUUUUGGUGCUGAAACCAAAGUUUCAAUCACUGUUGCCAUGGGAUAUUCUCCUUUGCAAUUACUCGUAAUUCAACAUUCAAUGAGUUGUGGAAAAUUAACUCGUCACGCUUUGCCAUUCAUCCACUAGAAUAAUUAAUCAGGCGAUUGAUUCUACUGGCGCCUAUUGGAAAAUUCAAUACUGAAGGCAAUCGCAUACAAAACUACGUACAUCUUGUAAAUUUCCAUUGACGUCGAUCAGAAUACAACUCGAUUUUUGUAAAUUAUACUAUCUUAAAGGAUAUCACGUCUACAAUAAAUGAUAAUAAUUAUCAUUAAAUAAUUAUGAGAAGGAGAAUCAAAGAAUUGAAAAUAUUUUGCGUUUACCUUUUACUCCGGAUCAUUUUUACUAAUUUUUUUUUUGAGAAUUCGUAAUACUAAAUGAUAACAGUACUUGGGCGGAUCAAACACGAGGAAGUGUCCUUGCCGGGACUAUCUACUUUCAAUUCUUUUGCAAAGUUCGGGGAUUUAUGGGCCCAGGUGCUAACACGAUUACUAUCAAAAUUCUGGGCCACUAAUUUCAGUGAUUUAUUUCUGUAAGGAGACAAAGAUCCCGAACACAUCGAAUAAAAAAGUGUUUGGCGGUCAAACUUAUACAGUUAUACUGUCCCAUUUGUUCGUUUGUGCGGGUCGAGGUUUUCUUUUCUUAUUAAAUUCCAAUCGCGCACGUUUUCGGUGUGGAAUCUCUCACGUAUACAGUAAGUAUACGACAGCACACGACUAAAGUCCACCAACUGUGAGCUGGUGGAAUACAGCAGGUCACAAAAAACUCAUAAUUUCAUACUUGAACCUCACGAUUAUCGCUGGCAGUCGUCAGUCUUUCAAAAUAAAAAUUUGACGAAUGUUGAAUUUUACGUAAUUUAAGUUGUAUAAUUUCCAUUUUUGUCGCUGCAAUUUUUGAAUAUAUUGGACAAAUUUGAUGGUAUCUGAGAAAUUAUACAAGUAAUGAAGCACAUACGGUGGAAUUACGAGUAACUGGACUUGCUAUCACUAGUUAUCGAUGGAGUGGAAAUUCUACGGGACUGGUGCAGCAGCCGGGCUGAAUCAAUGAGUGGAAAGGCAGCGUACCAUGACAGGAUGGAGAGUAGCAUUGGGCAUGACAAUUUGGACUUGCGUGGUGGUGGAUUUGUUUGUGAUGGGGGAUAUCAGUUUGUCAGGUGAUAUUCCCAGACGAAAGCCACCUUACUCGGUCAUGGGCUCCAACGCCCUCGAGAGAUCGGUCCUGGUGGAUCGCCAAGAGCGCCUGCAGCUCAACUGCGAGGAGGUCAUGAGAAUGGACAGUCUUGACCUGGAGAACCUCAAUCCCCAGGACUUUCGUAAUAUUUUGGUGGACGAGGCCCACGAAUUGCUUUACUGCUAUGUACCAAAAGUAGCCUGCACCAACUGGAAGCGGGUUCUUAUGAUAGCAACAGGCAAGUGGUCUGGAAGCGAUCCCCUGGAAAUUCCAGCCAAUUUGACACACGCCUCCGGAACUUUUCUGCGUUUAAGUAACUUCUCAAUGGCCGAAAUUGAACAAAAAUUGGCUACUUACGAUGCACUCAUUGCAGUUCGGCAUCCACUCGAAAGAUUGCUGUCAGCUUACAGGAAUAAGCUGGAGACGAGAGACGAGACGAGUUCAAAGUACUUCCAAACUCGUUUCGGAAGAAAGAUCGUUAAGAGAUACAGAAAAAAUGCCACCAAGGAGUCGCUGAGCAGAGGCGAUGACGUGACAUUUGGGGAAUUCGUGGAUUUUAUCACGAAUUAUGAUGAUAACAGGACGACCAAUGAACACUGGAGACCAGUCAGUGAAUUGUGUCUGCCUUGUAUAGUUAAUUAUAAUCUCAUUAGCAAGUAUGAAACGCUGGUGGAAGAUGCCACUGAGGUUCUGGAAAGGAUUGGGACGGGGUACAUUAGUUUUCCAUCGAAACCAACAGGUCGCGAGCCGACGGAAAAAAAAUUGGAAGAUUACUACUCCAGGUUGUCGUUCAAACAACUCAGGAAACUAGCAGAAUUCUACAGGAUAGACCUGAAACUGUUUGAUUAUUCGAUGGAGGAUAUCCUGGGAUUUUCCCUUGCCUAGUGAUAUUUUGAACCUAAAUUAAAUUGAUCUUGUGAUUCACGCAUUGCUCAUUGGAAGGGGUCUUCAUCGUGAUGGAUGAAGUAGUCACAUACGCCUAUGUGCCAAUUUUAUUUUCGAUAAAUAAUAGCAAAGGGGGUGAUCGGGUUGAAUUUCUCUUUCAGUAAUUUCGUUUCUAAUAUUUUUGUAAAUAAUUUUGUUCUAAUUUGUGUAAAUAGAAGAAAAUCCAGUUCAACUGUGAUUUUAUUACUACAUAAAACAUAACAAAAUGCAGUGGGUCGCCUUUGGCGUGCGCUGAGACUGAGAAGUUUCAGUUCGAAGAAGUUUUAGAAGAGAAGUUGAACCCUAGAACCACUAAGAAUGAUGAUUUCGAGUCCCCUCAGGUAUAGAGUAAUAAAAUCAUUAUUUGUAAAAAAUAAGUGCAAUAAACUAACCACUUAUAAUUAGUGUCUUAUAAUUUUA